AUGGUUCUGUCACUGGGCGGCGUCACAGGGCCAGCCAUGAACCCUGGCCGCGACCUGGGGCCCCGCCUCGCUUUCCACCUGAUGCCCAUCCCCGGCAAGGGCUGCUCGGAGUGGCACUACGCGUGGGUGCCUGUGCUGGGGGGCCUGGCUGGCGGCGCGGCGGCGGGGGGACUUGUGGCAGCUAUCAGCCAGCUGCUGGAAUGA